AUGGAGACGGGACCAGUGACGAAGAAGGAACUAGACUACGAUCCAAGAAAACGGCGGGUCAAGUCCGCAGACGCCGAGGCCAACGGGGUGAUAUUCAAGAGGCUCUUUGCACUUCUGGGGGAAUCGUUGGCCGUAGCGAAAAUAGGGUCUGGAGAAACAGUCAGAUGGUCAGAGGAUCUUACCGAGGCCUUGGCAGGGUUGCAGACCGAACUGGAGUGCGAGUUAGGAGAUAACGCAGAGGAGAUUCUCAGUCCUGAACUGAAGGAGGUCAGGCAAAAGGUUAUAUCCCUCUCUGCGGCCUGCAAGACCCUACAUCAGCAGCUUACUCUCGUCGGCAACUUGGGAGGAGAUGGCCAAACGUGUGCUUAA